AUGAAGGCCUCUCAGAGCCGCCUCCUCCUCCUCCUCCUGCUGCCGUUGCUCUUUCCCCUGGCUUGGGCCCAGUGCCCGGCCCCUGCUGACCUGAAGAACGCUGAUGGCACCAAGAUCUGCGCCCAGCUCUACACAGACAACAGCCCCUACUAUGACCAGUGCUGCACAGGCAGCGUGCUGUUGGUGCAGCCGGGUGAAGACCAGCCCUACGUCCCAGCGGCCUUCAACAACAAGAUCUCCUCCUUGGUAGUGGCCACCCGCUGCGAGCUCACAGUCUGGUCCGGGAAGGGCAAAGCUGGCAACACUCGCAAGUUCAAGGCCGGGGCCUUCCCUCGGCUCCAAGAGUACAGGAGGGGGCUUUUCGGAGACUGGGAUAAUUCCAUCUCGGCCUUCUAUUGCAAGUGCACUUGA